AUGAUAUUGGAGUGGUGGUUCUAUGACCAGCUUCAUUCCACGCUCACUCGUGAAAAACCGCGUCAUCGUAAGAAGUCAAAGGAGAAGGAACCACCUGUCAAUGAAAUGACAGCUGCAGCGAGAAAUGAGGAUCUGGGUAACAUUGUACUGGUGAAGAAUCGUCACAAAGUUCAACAACAAAGAGGCAGUAAAGAAGGAAUUCCUCAGGAACCUCCGAUGGGAGCCUACAUACAAGGGCCUGCACCUCCGCCUCCCCGACAACGACCAAGAUUUGAUGCACAAGCACCAGGUGGCCCUUCUAGCGGUCCGUCGUCAGGUCAGAAGUCAGGAGAGCCGAUGGCACCGAGAAGUGAUCAACAACAACCUGAAAUGCGAUAUCCACCCAUGGAACAGCCACCUUCUGAUAUGAAGAUGCCGCUACCACAGGAAGCCGGAUUUGUAGCGGCUCCUGCCCCCGCACCGACUACGAUUCCUAUAACCGUAGCUCCGGCAACGGGACCGCCACCAUCAAUGGGGGCACCGCCGUCAAGGGAGCCAAGGGAGGCACCACAGGCACCACCGUCAACUGGAGCACCACCAGUUAUGGCUCCUACACCGUCUACAUCAACCUCCGUAACAACUGGAACGACCGUUCCUACCACGAUCCCUACUACUACUGGCGCUCCUUCAGAUACGUACGGAACGGGCCCUCAGUUACCUACCCCACCUACUCCUACAUCACAACAGUUUCCAUCGGAUGAAUUAACAAAGAAGGAGGCAGAAGAGAAACAUGCCGAUAAAGGGCAAAAAUGGAAAACAUAUAUGGAAAAGGCGCUGGAGGGAGGUGUGGAGGGCAUGAACAAUGAGUUCCGUUCUAUUCGUGGAUAUUUGCCUCCCAUGGCGACGCGGAUUGGUUUCGAUGCAAAUCCUGAAAAGAACCGUUUUGAAGGUAUCUGUAAGAUCUUACUCAUUGUCGCUAUCGUCACACAGCUCCCAAAUGUAGAAAGUGGAGCCGAUUUUUGGCAAAUGGUGUUAGACGUCGAUGCACAAGGGAUUCUCCUUUUUCUGACUCAUGCCGAAUUCACUAUGUUCAAUGCUAGUAGCAUAUUCCCGGCUGAACAGGACUUUUUGCAUUUCGACGGAAGUCAUGUACGAGUCGGAGAAUUCAAACGAGUGGUAAUCGAUCGUGAGUGGACAAUGCAUGUGAUCUCGGUCAGAAGCAAAAAUCAGAGAAAGUACGUUCAUGUGCAUCACUACUCUGGGUGGACCCAUGGAAAACAGCCUGGCCGGCUCAUAGACUUGUGGCAACUACAAUCUGUGUUCAGCCUCUCCGCCCACCCUCUCGUCAAUGAUGACCUUUUCGUAGAACGGUUAGAUUCUGAUCGCGAUGAUGCUGAAGAGUUCUCGAAGUAUCGUGACAUACUGAUGGGUAGGAAGAUUUUGAUUGCUCAGGAACUUGCAUAA